AUGCAGCGGGCUGUGUUGUUCUCACUGCUGUUGAAUUGUGCAGCUGAGCAGCCCCGCAGCCGGUCACAUCUUCUUGAGGUGGGGCCCACUGGAGAUCUUCGACGCCCGUUCUUGCGGUCUCAGGUGACCAACGACCAGUCCCAGAAAUUGCUGAUACAGUCUUCCAAGAGGUGCCUCGCUGGGCUGCAGUCAAGAAGUGUUUGCUGCCCCAGCAGAUGCCAGACUUGCGGCGGUCCCAUCUGCUCCCUAUUAGCUGGAGGUAGUGAGAACUGUUGCUUUGCAAACAUUCUCCAGUCAAAUCGCGAGUGUUCCGCAGAUGUUGGGGCACCUUGCGUGGUUCCAGAAGGCAAAGAUCCAAAAUCCGAGAAACUUGGCGGUGAUGUGGUCUCCUGUCGGAUUGCUAGAGAGGGUCUUGUCUCAUUCAUCACUAGGACUUUGCCCACGACGACCACAACGACUUUACUGACGAGUUCAUGGACUCCGUGGGUUUUGCAGGUUCCCAUCACGGAAGCACCCACCAAAAAUGUGAUGAACAGCUGGCGCUUCACUUUGGCUCUUUGUUGCAUCAGGGCUUUAGGCCAGACCCUGGAAGUUCCACCGGCCGAUUAUGGCAGCUAUGGCAGCUAUGGCGAUGAUGUGGGGCUGACGGCUGCUUCCGAAACGCCAGGGGUAGUGCACAGCAGUCAUAGCUAUGGCAGGUAUGUUGCGGAUGUCGGGGUGCCACAUAGCAUUCACCACAGGCACACAGUGGUGAUGGGGGAUUUGGAUCCCACAGUUGGAAUGCCGCAUGCAAUGCAUGAUAGCCAUACGGUGACAGUGCCAGAUGCGACUUAUCUGAGGGGUCCUUCUGAGAUUGGAGUGCCAGGGACCAUUCACCAUAGACAUGCGAGGGAAGCUGUUUACUAUGCAGAUGCCACAGCAGGGCAGGUGGUUCUCAGCUAUGGCUUUUCAGCUGAAUCCUUGAGCCCUUCUGGCAGUCCUGGCAGUUUUGAUGAGAUCUACCAUGACCAUCAGUCCCAUGAAUGCCAAGGACAUGAGGAGCAGCUUUCCGCUUGUGAUGACCUCCCAGAGUGUGAGCAGUGCGUGCCAGUGGAUUGUAUGUUCACCCAAUGGGGUGAAUGGGGGCUCCAUGGCCUUGGGGGUCAUGAUUGUCUUGGCCUGAAGACCCGUCACAGGGCAAUCAAUGUUGCCAGCAACUCCUGUGGCUUGCCAUGCUUUGGAGACAACACAGAGACCAAAGAGUCUUUGUCCAAGGAGUGCGAGAUUCCACCCCAGGACUGUGUCUUGUCUUUCUGGAGUGAAUGGAGUACCUGUAAAAACGAGUUGGACCAGUCCAUUCGCACUCGGAAAGUGGAAACGCCCUCGCAAGGAGCUGGAGAAGCUUGCAUGGGUGCCCUUUCUGAAACGAAAGCCUGUGGGGGACCACACCCACAUCCAUGUACCCUCAGUGAAUGGCAGCAUUGGACCACUUGUAGUGCAUCCUGUGGCCCCGGUCGGCAUACCCGGCUCCGGAAGGUGGUCAGUGAGGGCCAUUUGAAUGGUGACACCUGUGAUGACUCGCUCCUGGAGACAGAUACCUGUCGCGUGGCGGCGUGUCCCAUCCGCGACUGCCAGAUCUCCGCGUGGUCCCAGUGGAGCCUCUGUAGCCAAGGGGUGCAGCGCAUGAGACAUCGGCAUGUGCUUCAAAGUCCCCAAGGUUAUGGCAGCAUUUGCAACGUGAGUUUGGUGGAGACCGCGGGCUGUUCAACCAAGGCGCAAGGUGAGCACUGCGAAGUGUCGGACUGGUCUGGCUGGACCACCUGUGACCGCACCUGUCAUGGAGGGCAAACCUUUCGACAGCGGGAGCUGCUGCACGACAGUUCUGGGUGCCAGGAUGUGAAGCUAAAGGAGACCGCGCCCUGUGCAGAGUUUCCUUGCUUCCCUCAUUCUCACGACUGCAAGUUGAGCCAGUGGACAUCUUGGUCGACCUGCUCCAGUACAGUUGGCUACGGUGUCUCCUAUCGGAAACGCGAGGUGGAGUCACCUGCUGGGCCACAGGGAAAUGGAUGUGUUGGGGUCAUGAAGGAGAUCUUUCCUUGCAGCUUGGCAGAACCUGAGGCCAUCGAUUGUUUAUGGGGCGAGUGGAGUCAAUGGAGUGGAUGCUCCUGCUCCUGUGGAGGAGGCUCCAAACGGCGAAGUCGAGCCAUUGCGAUGUCGCCACAGAAUGGUGGACAGCCAUGCAAUCCACAGGACAAGGAGGUGAUUGCAGAGUGCAACACUCAGAAGUGCAGUGAGAAUUGCGAAGAUGGCUACUGGAGUGCUUGGCUCGACUGGAGCAAAUGCUCUGCCACCUGCUCCAAUGGCUAUCGAUCGCGCCGAAGGACUUUGGAUGUCUUGCCCAAUGCCUGUGGAUCUUUGCCCUCGGGAGAGCACAAGGAGUUUGAACUCUGCGAUAGCAUGCCAUCUUGUGCCGAAGAUUCGGAUUGUAUGGUUUCCACCUGGGACCCUUGGUCUCACUGCAGUUGCAGCUGCAAUGGCAUCCGAGAGCGCAACCGCCACAUCACCGCCUAUGCGAGAGGUCAAGGGCAACCCUGUGACAACAUGCCCCUGAAGGCCAUUGAGCAUUGCAAUCCGAUUGAGGGCGAAAAGCCUCCUUAUGGUUGCAACCAGAGGCCAUCAGACUGCAUCAUUGGAGAUUGGACUGAAUGGAGUGAUUGUUCAUCUACGUGUGGAGUUGGACAGCAGGAGCGGAAACGAGAUAUUCUGCAGCAGGCGCAAGCUGGAGGUAAAGCGUGUGAUGGCAAUCUCAUGGUCACACAGCAGUGCAAUUUGAAGCCUUGUGUGGAAGAAGGCACCAAAGAUUGCCAUGUGGGCCCAUGGUCUAUGUGGGGCAGUUGCAGCCAUUGCGGGGGUCAGCGCUGGCGGCACCGUGAAAUCACCAGCCUUCCAAACUACAAGGGUCACUUGUGCGAGAGCUACACUUUGAAGGAGGUGUCCAAUUGCACUUCUAUUUGCCAUGACACGCAUGCAUGUGCCUGGUCCGAAUGGUCCCAUGUGCAGUGCCCCAAUCAGUGUGGCGACUCCUCAACUUUGCGAACGCGAACUCUGCAACGCUUGCCUCAGGGGACCCUUUCAGUAGAUCGUUUCUUCGUGGGGGGUCAGCACACAGCGUGCUUCGGUUCGCAAAUCAAUCUUACACACUGUCCAUCUAUGCCCAGCUGUGACGGUUCCUGCACCCCGGUCCACUGCACAUUCAAUGCUUGGAGUGAUUGGACAGAGCCAACUUGCGUUGGGCUCUGUGAGAGGCAACGCGUCAUUGCUCAGAUGAACAAUGAGUGUGGAGUUCCAUGCCGGGGGCCUCUGCUUCAAACCAAGCAUUGUCAUACGACCUGCGGUCAUGCAGUUGAUUGCAAAUUGUCGGAAUGGUCCACAUGGAGCAAUUGUACUAACUUGACCUCUGCCGCCAUUCGAGGACAACGUUAUAGAAGUCGACACAUUGUCAGCAAGCCAGAGCGUGGAGGGUUUGCUUGCAGUGGCGACUUGUUGCAGACCAGAGCUUGUGAGAGUGAAAUGCCAGAGCCCUGCACUUUCUCAGUGUGGGAGAGCUGGUCCAUUUGCUCAGCCCGAUGUGGCGAGGGAACCCAGUGGCGUAGCCGCAGCAUCCAUCAAAUGUCAGAGGAUGGAGGCCGACAAUGCCAUGGCAAUCUCCACGAAAUCCAGGCGUGUCGUGUGUGGCACGAUGACUGCGACCCUCACGUCAAACAUGACUGUGAACUCGGCGAAUGGCAUCCAUGGAGCCAUUGCGACUACGAGGAGAAGCGGGAACGUCGACGAGACAUGGUGGCUGCUCAAGCCGGAGGCAAGGCUUGCGAGGGCUCCCUGCUGGAGAUCGAAAGCUGCAUCGAGGUGACGGAUUGUGUGGUCACUGAAUGGACUGCGUGGGACUCCUGUUCCAAAAGCUGCGGGGCAGGACACACCAAACGUCAGCGACAAAUUUCCAAGUUCCCCGGCGUUGGUGGAAAGCUGUGCCCUGAAGAUUUGUUGCAGAUCAAGUCGUGUGUCCUGGACCCUUGCCAUGCAGAUGACUGUCGGGUCUCUGACUGGUUUGAAUGGGGAAGUUGCUCAGCAAAAUGCGGUGGUGGGCAUCAGUCCCGCAUGCGUGUGGUGGCAAACCUUCGUGAUCCGGGGGGCGAGGGCUGUUAUUUCUCUCUGGCGGAAGACAGGGCCUGCAUCGAACAGCAGUGCGAAGAAGCGUGUGAGUGGGGUGACUGGCAGGAAUGGACCGAAUGUUCAAAAACCUGUGGUGGAGGAACCGCCAGGAGGAACAGGGUCUUGAUAUCCAUACCCACAGCUGGAGGGAAAGUUUGUGAUGACAACUCCUUGUCUGAAGUAAAGCCUUGUGGUGUGGAUAGUUGUGGUGCGCUGUGCAUCGAUGGACUCUGGGGACCUUGGGAAGAUUGGUCUCAAUGUUCCACUUCCUGCGACGGUGGCGAGAUGUUCCGGCACCGCGACGUGAUCCGCAUGGCCAAUGACUGUGGCAGCCCUGCGACGGGAGACAGCAAGGAGACGCGUUUCUGCAAUCUGCACAUCCCGUGCGAAGGGUCCAAGGACUGUAGUUUUGGCCCUUGGAGCUCAUGGCAGCCAUGCUCCAGCACCUGCGAUGGGGCGUCGUCACGUCAACGGGCCGUCUCUCGUUUUGGCUCGGGCUCCGGGUCCUUUUGCACUGGCGGCUUGAAAGAAGUGGCCCCCUGCAAUCCUGCCUUCGACGAAGGUAUGGAGGAUCAGUGUGUGAAAGGUCCGCCAGUGGAUUGUGAACUCACCACUUGGAGCGAAUGGACAGCUUGUUCUUCUUCCUGUGGCGGUGGGGAGAGCAAAAGGAGCAGAGCCUUGGCACAAGAAGCCUUCAAUGGAGGUUUUGGUUGCCAAGAGCCUUUGGAAGAGGUCGUGGAAUGCGCCCGAGAAGCUUGCCAUGCUGUGCAUCUUCCGGUCGAUUGCGUUCUGGGAGAUUGGCAUUCCUGGGGUGCUUGCAAUGCCUGCGGCGGUGAACGCAGCCGUCGAAGACAGAUCUUGAUCUACGCUAAGAAUGGUGGCAGACCAUGUCCUCAAGCUGAUAUGGCAGAAGUCAAGGCAUGCCCCCAUGCGUGUGAUACUCAGUUCACUUGCUCUUGGGCCUCCUGGGAACAAUGGGGAAAAUGUUCCAUGUCCUGUGGAGUUGGAAGCCAGCGGAAGCGCGUUCGUCACAUGGUUCGCCUACCUUCUCCUGCAGAAUACAACCAAAUCAGCCAGUAUGGGCUGAGUCCUAGUGACUACAAUGCCCUCACCAACGGUUACGGCCACCGUGACAAGGCCCCACAUGGAGCUCCUUUGGCCCAGGUGCAUCACUCUAACCUGCUGGAAAAGUAUAACCGCCUGGCACGGAAGUCGGAACUGUUGGAAGGUCAGCAUGGCCAGGAAGUCGCGGUGGCAUUUGUGGCCGGCUCCAUGAGCAUGUUGGCUCUGCUGGGCCUGGUUGCCCGCCUCAGCUAUGGUCGCUUUGGCCGCUACGAGUCCAGUCAAGUCAGAACCAGCUUCCUGUCGCGCAACAGUCGGGAAGAAUUGCCGCAGUCGGAUGCCGAGGCUCCCUUCAUGUCUCAAUGAAGGCAGUUGGGGCUCAGGCUUUUUCCUUAUCCAUCAGAAAGUUCAGAAAACCCAUUUGCCAAAGUUGCAACUGGCGAUUAGAAACCACAGUUUCACCAGCACCAAGGGGAGGAAGGCAUGGUCCAUGGUGGUAGUUUUGCCAGCCCAAAGUUGCUGGACAAUUAGAUUUAGAAUGCGGCUGACAGAAGGUGCAAGGAGCUUGGCCCAAGGCGUUUGCAGAAA